GGCAAAAGAUUUACAAAGUCGACUGCGUGACAGAAUACAUCAAGUCUUUGGAAACAAUCCUCGAAACAUCAGAGAAGCGUUUCUCUCCAUGGAUAAGGAACGGGCAGGAUUCUUAACCAAAGAAGAUCUCAAGGAAUUUGUUGCUCACAUGGGGAUCAAGGACCUUGAUGAAAAUCUCGAAAUCAUGCUCGCUUGCAAUCUAGUCCCUGACGCUGCCAACACCCCGGGGCCAGGCAUCUCCUACAAUAAGUUUGUUCGCUUCUUCGAACCGGAGCCAGUCGGAAGUUUCAACCCGUUCAACCCCGGCGUGAAGAUCCCUGGCCUCGAAGCUGCUCCUAAGCCGCUCUUGACAGAGUCGCAAGCACCUCCGGAGAUGAUGCUCAAGUGGUCAAACUCCUACGGGCGGGACAGGCGCUACUGCUCUGUCUUUCCUGACGUCUACACGAGCCCUCUCCGCCCAGGCUCAUGUCCGCCUGACUUCUCGGACAACAAGGACUUCGAUCAGAUCUGGGAGUGGAAGAAGUUCGGCAAGAUCGUCGGGCGAGAGCUCAACUCUCUCAAGCCCUCCAAGCCCAUCCCCCCCAAGGACUCCGCUGGCUACUCGCUUCGGCCAAGGUUUCACAUGCAAUCCAACGAGCUUAGCCUGGAGCGCAUGGGGUCGCCUGACUUGACUUCCACUUCCCCUCCGCACAAGUUGCGGAUGACCAAGAGCCGAUCUGACCUUGUGAGCG